AUGGAAUCCCAACCUACAGCCAAGGCGCUGCAUAGUGAGUCUCACGUCUAUUGGGUUCCAGGCGCUUUUACAGCCCAAAAGCCCUCAGCGCUUUGCUCGUUACCCGCUAACACCAGAUACCCGGCAGAUCGCAUCAACACCGAUAUCUCGCAACUACUGCAGCGGUUCGAGAAUAUCAUGGCCACAGCGACUGUCGACAAUCCAAGUUACACCUCUACAGCAGUAGAAACAUAUCAGCUAGACGUGGAAUCAACUGCACUGAUUCGCGCCGCAGAAGAUCUCCUCGGCCUAACACGAACAAUGAAAGAGACCUGGCUCUUCGGAAAACUGGAUACACUGGGCGAAGACGAGCGCGACGUCGAGCGGAGGGAGAAGCUGGAGCAGGAUGCGCAGGCUGUGCAGAAGGCUAUUGAGGGUGGAUUGUUGAUGCCGUCUGUGGAGAAGUGA